AUGGAGGCUUUGCCGUUUGAGGAACUUGAAAGGCGCUACACAGAACUAAAACCCGGUGGUCGUUUCAACCCUGUUGGUUGUAAGUCCCGUCACCGAGUGGCCAUCAUUGUUCCCUAUCGCGACCGAGAGUCCCAUCUCAAGGUUCUCCUCAACAACCUUCAUCCCAUGUUGCAACGACAGCAACUAGAUUACGGCUUCUACGUUGUGGAACAGGCUUUACCAACCAUUUUCAACAGAGCCAUGUUAAUGAACAUUGGAUACAAAGAAGCACUGAAGGACUAUGAUUUUCAGUGCUUUAUCUUCCACGAUGUGGAUCUCAUUCCAGAGAACGACAAAAACCUGUAUACAUGUCCUGAGAAUCCACUUCAUUUGUCAGUUUCCAUUGACAAGUUUCAUUAUAAACUUAAUUAUGAAAACGCAUUUGGAGGGGUGACUGCUCUAACCAAAGAACACAUGAACAAAGUCAAUGGCUUCCCUAAUAGAUACUUUGGCUGGGGCAAGGAAGAUGAUGACAUGUUGAAAAGAAUUAAAAAAAGUGGUUUGGUAAUGUCUCGCCCCGCAGCAACCGUUGCUCGAUACAGGAUGAUAAAACACAGAAGAGACGCAAAAAAUCCACUGAACAAAUCUCGAUUUAAACUUUUUAACCAGGCAGAAAAAGUCAUGACAAACGAUGGACUAAAUUCACUCAGUUAUAAUGUUUUGCAAAGGGAGUAUAAAAAACUGUACACUUGGGUCUAUGUACAGGUUGAUGGCAACUAUAAGAUUUAAACGCCAUGGACAGAGGAGUGAUCUCUGUUGCACAAACAACAAUUUAUACAGAGCAUUUGGAAGUCGACUCAGACCAUUCGACCUGGUGAUUGGCCAAGAAGGUUACAUAAAACGUAGUCAGAAAUUAUUAUUUUUACCAAUAAAGAUACAUGUCUUCAUGUUCGGCGCACCUUUAAAAUAGACGGCGUAAUGCGAACACGUUUUGCUUACAAUGGAGAUAACUUGCCAUUCGAAAUGAUAUGGGGCAGUGGGGGUAGCCUAGUGGUCAAAGCGUUCGUCGUUAUACCGAAGACCCGGGUUCUAUUACCCACAUGGGUACAAUGUGUGAAGCCCAUUUCUUGUGUCCCCCGGCGUGAUAUGGCUGGGAUAUUGCUGAAAGCUAAACUCACUUAAUCACUCGAAAUGAUAUUGUGCAACUUUGUACUUAACAUGAGCUGCUGUCGGCAUUGAUAUAUAAAAACCCGUUAUAUAUUUCAGGAUUGACUAUUAUUUUCAGUUCAUGAAUCGAAACACCAAAGUGCAAACUGGUAGAAAAUACACGCGAUAGCUAAGCAACUAAAACAGUUCGAGUGUGGACGUGGUCGAAAUUCUUUCGAUUCAUCGCGUGUGGAACACAGAAAGCAGUAAUUGUUGGAAAGCACAAAGAACUUAUAGGAAGGAAUUGUUGACAGUUACUGAAUGUCGUAUAUGUUUUUUUUAUCCUGAACAAAUGAAUGUAACAGUGCCUCAGAAUGUGUCAGUGAC